AUGGGCUCAACACAAUUCGGCAAUUUCAAGGUGAGCUCUAGGAGAUUUCCCUGGAUAUUCCACGCUCCGCGCCCAAUAGACCCCCUGCUGACCGCAAACCCUCGGGUACCACAGGACUUUUGUCGCGACUCGACAUUACCCGUUUGCAAUCUCUUCUUGGACAAUCAACCACCUAAUGGAGGACCUAAUGGAACUUUCGGUGGAUGCCCACUCGAUGGUAUCAGUUUGAGUGGGGGCCGCCAUCUUGCCAACUUAGGGUCAAUUCUGAUCGCAUUCAUUGCUAUCUUGGCGUCGCUCUUUAUGCUAUGGAGGUCGGACAAGAAGCAUGCCGCCGUCGGACGUCGGGAGAUGCAAUUGUUUCUGUUGGGAUUCAUCAUCAUCGAGAUCUGUGAGAUUUUCAGCGUGGGUGGACUUCCGAUCGAAGACUCAGUUCGAAAGGGUUUCUCGGCUGUUCAUCUAGGAGCAAUUACUGCAACUUGUUGGAUCCUGCUAUUGAAUGCGUUUGUGGGGUUCCAGCUACUCGAUGAUGGCACAGCGGCCUCGAUUGGCCUAAUUUCCGCGUCCGCCAUUGUUCUCUUCAUCGGUACGGGCUAUAUUGCCCUCGAUACGGCUUUCAACUGGUCUGGCCAUUUCGUGCCCAGCAAAGGCGAUAAUUACCGCAAUAUCGCUCUUUACGUCCUGUACCAGCUGUUCCCGCUAGUCUGUCUUGUUGUAUUCUUCGUUCUUGAGACCGUGCUGGUUUUGCGAGUUCUCGGAGAAUACCGACCCAUGCUUUAUCUGACUGGUUCCGCGCUUCUAUUUGCCAUUGGCCAGAUCUUCCAGUAUGUUAUCAGCGUUCACCUCUGUGAGGCCUCUAACGGAGCGAUCAACGGUACCUUGUUUGAGACCUUCUUUACGCUGCUCGCCGUCUCUGGCGUCUGGGCUUUCUGGAGUAGCAUUACCGAAGACGACUGGCCCCUGCCCGUCGGAAGUGGAUACAACUAA